ACAAUAAUUUGCCAUUGCAUCCUCUCUCUUUCUCUGACAAUUUCAGGGUCCUAUCCAUCCAUCUUUUCUCUAUCUCUCUGCAACUCUCUGCACAAAAUUUCCUUGUCAUCUUCCCCUAGAUUUGUCAAUUUUCACUCAAACCCUUUCUCUAAAGAAUUUCACCUUUCGACUCUCUCUCUCUCUGUCUCUCGCGAUCAUGCUUCAAAGUCUAGUACCCCAAACCCCCCUCAACCCCAAUCCCAGCCCCAAUUCCACCAACUCCGCCAUGCGAACCAAGCGCAGCCUCGACCUCGCCGCUGCCGGUGGCGAGUCCUCCUGUGAACAGGACGAGGAUUCUUCAAGGAAGCGCCGGAAUUACUCCGUCGACGAAGCCACAAUUUCCGGCGAGAAGACCACCGGAGAACACGAGGAACGAGGCGAAGAAGCGGUGGUGAUCGAAGGAGAGUCGUCAGGGUUGCGACUGUUGGGGCUGUUGCUACAGUGCGCCGAGUGCGUCGCCAUGGACAACCUGGACGACGCGAGCGACCUCUUGCCGGAAAUCUCGGAGCUCUCGUCGCCGUUCGGUUCUUCACCUGAGCGAGUGGCGGCGUACUUCGCCGAAGCAUUGCAGGCUCGGAUCAUAAGCUCGUGCCUCGGAACCUACUCGCCUCUCACCAUCAAAGCCCUAACCCUAGCUCGUAGCCAGAAGAUCUGCAACGCUCUUCAAUCCUACAAUUCAAUCAGUCCUCUCAUCAAGUUCUCUCACUUCACAGCCAAUCAAGCUAUCUUCCAAGCCCUAGACGGUGAAGAUCGCGUCCACGUCAUCGACCUCGACAUAAUGCAAGGCCUUCAAUGGCCAGGAUUGUUCCACAUCUUAGCUUCCCGAUCAAGAAAAAUCCGAUCGAUGCGAAUCACCGGAGUCGGAUCGUCGAUCGAGCUCCUCGAAGCCACCGGUCGCCGACUCGCCGACUUCGCGAGUUCACUCGGUCUCCCCUUCGAGUUCCAACCGCUAGAAGGCAAAGUAGGAAACAUAACCGAUCUGAGUCAACUCGGAGUCAGAUCGGGAGAGACUACAGUAGUUCACUGGAUGCACCACUGCCUCUACGACAUAACUGGGAGCGAUUUAGGGACGUUGAGAUUGUUGACUUUGUUGAGACCCAAACUCAUCACCAUGGUCGAACAAGAUCUGAGCCACGGAGGUAAUUUCCUAGGUAGGUUCGUCGAAGCUUUGCAUUAUUACUCUGCUUUGUUCGAUGCUUUGGCCGGAAUGGACGACGACGGCGGCGGAGGCAGUGGCGGUGGCGGAGCCGCCGUACACGGCGGCGAGAGGCACUUGGUGGAGCAGCAGUUGUUUGGAUGCGAGAUCAGGAACAUCGUGGCCGUUGGUGGGCCGAAGAGAACGGGUGAGGUGAAAGUAGAGAGAUGGUCCGAUGAGUUGCGGGCAAACGGGUUCCGACCCGUUUCGUUGGCUGGUAACCCGGCCGCCCAGGCCAACUUGUUGCUAGGGAUGUUUCCUUGGAAAGGUUACACAUUGGUGGAAGAGAACAAUGGGUGUUUGAAGUUGGGUUGGAAGGAUCUAUCUUUGUUGACUGCCUCUGCUUGGCAGCCGUCCGAUUAGAUGAUUUCUAUAAUCACCCCGAUCUGAUCGAUGGCUGUCGCGGUCGCUAUCGCUGUUUGGGUGGGUGCUGUUUUAUUGGAUCAUAAUCAUAAAAAUCAAAAAACAAAAAGAAAUUUGUAGUAAAAAAAUUGAGAAAUGUUUGUGUGGCCACCAAAGUUCUCUUUCUUUUUUUCUUUAAAUAACUGGGGGUCUGUUUGGUUACAUUAGUUAGAACGAGGGCAAUUUUUUCAUAAACAAAAGGUAGCAUAUUAUUAUUUAUUAAUUAAUUUAUUAGUGAAGUCUGUCUGGUUCACUUCAUUGUAAUUCCUUUUUAAGGACGUGUAUUUGCUUA